GUUAAACCCUUUUCUUAGUCUUUUCCUACUUGUAAACAUACCCCAAUAAUUGAAUCGGUCGUUUUUAUAUCUAAGGAGCCGAAAUACCUCCAACGCAUCGUUUCCCUCUGUAGUCUCAAUCCACCCCAAUUGCCUCUCCCUAUUGUUCUAGAUACUUCUUCUGAGCUCCAAUGGCGUCCGAUCUGGAGACUAGGGCUAAAGAGGCCUUCAUCGACGACCACUUUGAACUCGCCGUUGACCUCUACACUCAAGCCAUAGCGAUGAGCCCUAAGAACCCUGAGCUUUUCGCCGACCGUGCUCAAGCCAAUAUCAAACUCAACUACUUCACAGAAGCUGUUGUUGAUGCGAACAAGGCCAUUGAGCUGGAUCCUAAAAUGUCAAGAGCAUAUUUACGCAAGGGGUUGGCUUGUAUGAAGCUUGAAGAAUACCAAACUGCAAAGGCAGCUUUGGAAACUGGUGCUAGUUUAGCACCGGGAGAGUCAAGAUUCACAAAGCUAAUAAAAGAAUGUGAUGAACGCAUUGCAGAGGAAGCUGGCGAAAUGCCUAAUCUGUCGGUGGAUAAACCCUCGGCUAACGUUGUUGCACCUCCUGCAUCUGAGUUGUCGGACAAUGUUGCUAUUGCGUCUGAAGGUGCUCAACCAACUAUCAACCUGUCCCAUCAAGGAUCUGCUGCCAAACCAAAAUACAGACAUGAAUUUUAUCAGAAACCAGAAGAGGUGGUGGUGACUAUAUUUGCCAAGGGCAUACCAGCCAAGAAUGUUUUUGUUGACUUUGGUGAACAAAUACUUAGUGUUAGCAUUGAUGUGCCGGGUGAAGAAACUUAUUCUUUCCAGCCUAGGUUGUUUGGCAAGAUAACACCUGCAAAAUGCAGAUACGAAGUGAUGUCUACCAAAAUUGAGGUCCGCCUUGCAAAAGCUGAACUGUUACACUGGACAUCUCUCGAGUAUACAACGGAGCCUGUUGUAGUUCAGAGGCCUCUUGUGUCAUCAGAUGCCCCGCGGCCCAGUUAUCCUUCCUCGAAACUGAGAAAUGUGGAUUGGGAUAAACUAGAAGCUGAAGUGAAAAAAGAGGAAAAAGAUGAAAAAUUGGAUGGAGAUGCAGCAUUGAACAAAUUUUUCAGAGACAUUUACCAAGAUGCUGACGAGGACACCAGAAGAGCCAUGAUGAAAUCCUUUGUGGAAUCUAAUGGGACUGUUCUGUCCACAAACUGGAAAGAAGUUGGCACAAAGAAGGUCGAAGGAAGCCCUCCGGAUGGCAUGGAGCUGAAGAAAUGGGAGAUCUAGUGUCAAUUUCCUGUUCAUCUUUUUUGACUGUUUCUUUUUGAGCUGUGUCAUUCUUGCUAUUUUAUUGUAGAAGAAUUUGUUCAUAUUUUCUUUUCUAAGGUUUUAAAUUUUGUUCGCUGCUGUUGGAUUGAGAUUCCUGAACUUGCUUAUAGCAAUAUACCUUUUGUGAAGGGCGUUCAAAUUGUGGACAGCUUUUCUUUUCAA